ACACCACUGGCAGCAACCCAGCACAGUUGCUCUAGUGUUUCCAUUUUUCAAUAAAAUGAAAGUGAACAGCCAGCCAAUCAGGUUGAAGCAGGCACAACUUUGAGCCAUUCGGUUGAUAUUAACUGUAAGCAGAGAAAAUGAACAAACACACUUGCCACACAUGCCAGUGAACAACUCUGCCUGGACAUGAAAAAGUACAUUGGAGCCAUUCAGAAAAUGCCAGGGAACAGCAGGAUCCUGUACUUUGCCAGAAACUGCGAUGAACCCUAUGUAGAGAUUGUCACAGUUACUGAAACGAAGCGACGUCAGAGCAUAUGCAGCUCGGAGGACGAGGAGCCUGAGGACAUUCUGCCUGUCCUGAGUGACCACAGCGAGCUCCUGGAGGACACCCACGUCCAGAAGCUGGGCGCUCACCUCCCGGCACGGACGCAGGGGUAUCCAUGGCGACUGGUGUAUAGCACGGUAGUGCAUGGAACAAGCCUGAAGACACUCUACAGGAACCUGGCACAUAUAGAGGGUCCUGUGCUUCUGGUCAUUAAGGACAUGGACAACCAGGUGUUUGGUGCUUUCGCCUCCCACCCCUUCAGAGUCAGUAAGCACUGUUACGGGACAGGAGAGACAUUUCUGUACAGCUUCAGCCCAGAGCUAAAGGUGUUCCAUUGGAGUGGCAUUAACUCCUACUUUGUGAGAGGUCACACAGAUUCCCUGCAUUUGGGUUGUGGAGGGGGUCAUUUUGGUCUGUGGCUAGAUGCUGAUUUGUGCCAUGGUUGCAGCUUAGCCUGUGACACCUUCCACAACCAGCCACUCUCCAAAAAGCAGGACUUCCUGAUCCAUAACCUGGAGGUUUGGGCCUUCCACUGAAAAGAAUAUCCUGGUUUUACAGGGUUUUACCAAAGGACUACACUGAACACGGGGGCCCGGUCAGAAGUCCAACCACACUUAACUCAUGGUGCACAAGAAACAGUUGGUGUAUUUAGUCCUGGACUGUACUGUAGAACGUGUAACAUGGGAAGAAAUGUUUGCAUGAACCACAAACAUCUUUGGAAACAGCUUCCUGUAAUUCAAAUGGGUCACUCAUAUUUGAAAGGAGGCUGUAACAUACAAUAUAUUUAAUGGAGGUUAUGUCUUCUUCAAGUGUGAUUUAUUUAUACAGAAUGUUUUUUCACAUUUGUAUUCCAUUUAUUGAAAUGUGCUGUUGGGAAA